UGUAAUUUGAAGGGAAAUAGAAUUCUGAUUGCAAUUUCUCUGUGUAACUGAAUAUUGUAUGCUAAGACACAAUUAACGAUUCGGUUACAGUUCAAUUGGCCUGGUAUGUGAUUGAUUUGACCUUGCGAAGGAGCGUCAGAAAUGGAUGAAUUGCCGGAGAGCAGUGCAAGCGGCAGUAAUGGCGGUGGCCAGCUGGAGCCAUUGGAUUACUUGCGCGGCGUGGAGUCGUCGACGUGCCUGCUACUAACGCCGAGUCCCACGCCGCUGGAUUUUAAGCAUCCCCUGUCCGAGGAAAUGAAUGAAGGGCCUUUUAUAACGCUCAAUGAUGAACCUAUUGUAAACCUGCAGAAUCUGGCCAACUGUGAUGCUUCAGGAGGUGACUCCUGCUCCUCAGGUGACUCGAACUCUGUAGUUCAAGACCCAGUCAGCGCACAGCUCAUCAACAACAUCAGCAUGAUGGAUUAUCAGACACUAAGCAAAAAUGCAGACCUAGUUACUGGUGAGUGCUUAUCAUUUCAGGUUGAGGAUUGCAAAACUAAUGGAAGCCUCAACUUUGGCAACAGAAAAUUACCAAAUUUUGUGAACUGGAAUUGGUGCAUUAUUCGUAAAGUGAUGCUUUGGGUGGUCCUGUCAGGCCUUGUGGCUUGCUUGGGUGCGAUUAUUGGUAUGGUGAUCUCCAUCCCCAAGGAGUGUGACCCUGAUCUUCCAUGGUACCAAGGAAAGGUGUUUUACGAAGUUUUCCCUGCUAGCUUUAAAGAUUCAAACAAUGAUGACAGAGGUGAUUUGAAAGGAGUUAUUAUGAAACUGGAUUACAUACAAAAUCUUAAUGUAGCUGCUAUAAGAUUAAAUUACAUAUACCAGGCUAAUGGUUAUCCUGAGCACUAUUACAAUGUAACAUCUCUAAAAAAUAUUGACAGUAGCAUUGGAGACUUGGCAGAUUUGGAACACCUAGUAACAGAAGUACAUAAUAGAAAUAUAUCAAUCAUCCUCGAUAUACCUGUGUCGUCACUGGCUUACCCUCAUUCUUCUUCAACUCAUAAUGCUACUCAACUAAGAUAUUCAGAUCCCACGUCUGAUGCCAUUGACUUUUGGUCCAGAAAAUAUAAUGUUGAUGGAUUUUACUUGAAAAACUUAGAAAGAUAUGUCAGUGACAAUGACUUAGGUCAAACACUAAAAUUAUGGAAGCAAAUUAUUGGUUAUGGCAAGAUUCUGAUUGCCAGCGAAGAGGCUUAUAAUAAAGCUAAAGGUGAUAAUUUAAAUGUCUUGUUGUCUAGAAUGGAUCUAAUUGAUGUGCACUUAGACCUGGGAAGAGGUAUAAACGAGUUGAAAAACAAAAUUAAAAGUGUUAUAAAUGGGCCCCUGUGGACUAAACCGCACUAUCCUUGGGUACACUGGAACAUAGGUAAUAUUGAUAGUCCAAGAGUAGCCUCUGAAAACGAUAAAAAUGCUUUAGCACUCGCAGUACUCGAAUUAAUCUUACCUGGCACAGUAAGCAUUUUUUAUGGAGAUGAAAUUGGUCUUGGGAAUAUGCCACAUUAUGAGGCGGAAAAGGAUUACCAUGAGUACGAAAAUGUGCGUAAUUUGGUGCAGAUGAAAUUCUCGAAUAACGGAAAUGAAGAUAAAAAUAUUAUGCAAAAACACGUGCAAUGGAACCCUGAGUCGGGUUUACAACCGAAAUACGAUUUCUUACGUAUAAUAAAACAAUUAGUUAAAUUGAGGUUAAAGACGCCUACAAUUUAUUUAAGGUCUUUUUUCAAAGAUGGCAAUGUAUUGAAGAACAUGGAAAUUCGCAAUGUAACCGAUGCAGCUGAACAAAAUCUUUUCAUAAUCGAAAGAUGGUAUCCACGGAGGAAUACGUGUGUUUUUGUUGCCAAUCUUGGCAACAGUUCCAUUACCACUGACUUGACCACGAUGUACUACGGGGGCACCGUCAUAUCCGGCACCAACAGCUCCUUGAUUGGACAAGUUAUGUACUUUGACCGGGUAACGUUUCCACCGAAUUCUGCCAUUGUGUUGAAGCUCGAAAAGUAAAUUAGUUCUUGAUAGCUUCCGAGCGGAAUUCUAGGCAGCAGUAACACAUACAUGUAGA